AUGGCGGACCCGUGGGGCUCUUUGGAAGCCGAGUUUGACCUGCGCUACCCGACCCCGGGUCGGCAGGGAGGCACGCCCGAUAUCCUCCGCCUGGACGAGGACGGGCGAUCGAUGCCGCUGCAGCAACUGGCCGUGGAUGAGCAUCGCGCCGCCGCGCCGCUGCCUGCGUUUGCCCCCGGUCCGCAGCCACGGCAAAGGCCAGCUAGUGCCAGCACGGUAGAGAGGAUGGCGGGGAUGCUCCGCUCAAUCAGCUUUGCCGCAGGGCAGCCGCCCACUGGCACCAGUGGCGCAGACAGUGCGCGUUCGCAGGCUUGUGCGGCUGUCGCCGCCUCUGUGAGGCGAGACUUUGCCGGUGCGGCAAUUGGCAGGCUCGUGGAGUCGGCGCCGCACGUUGCCCUGGCGUUGCAAGGGGCUGUGCUCGCCUCGGCUGGCGUCCUCUUGGGGGCGGAGGCCGCGACGAUGGCGUUCGAGUGGGCUCGCUCCAGCCUGGACGACCUCCGCCACUUUGUUGCCGCCGGCGAGGCAGCCACGGCUCAGCUCUUCCCCGGCGCCUACUAUCGGGAGAUUGUCGAGGCGGACGUCGCGCAGCUGGCCGCUGCGCUUACUGACACCGGCCGUCAGCAUGAGAGGCGCAGCGCCGCUCGUCUCGAUGUCUUGGCGGCCCUCGCCCGCCCUGGGGCGGGCGCCGCUGAGCUCGAGGGUCUAGCUCAGGCCGCAGGGGAGCACGGGCUUGUCGCCGAGGCGGCGGCGGCCAGGCACGUGGCUGAGCUGUCGCGAGCGCACUCCGCGUGCCGCGAGGCGGAGAGGACGGCCCUUGACGCGGCGGCCGCCGCCAAGCGCGGGCUCGCCGACGCCCAGUCGGCAAUGAAGCACGAGCGGGUGGAGAGGGGCGAGGCACAGCGGACGGCGAGAGCGCUCGAGGACGAGCGGAACGCGCUCAGGGUGCAGCUUGCGCGAGACACUGAGGAGCGACGGCGGGUGGAGGGUGCGAGCAUCAAGACGCUCGAGCAGCUCAAGCUCAACGACGAGGCACGGUGGGCGGCAGAGCGUGCGCUGCAGGCAGAGCAGCGGAAGCUGCAAGAGCUGGAGGCGGAGCACAGCCGCUCGGCUACGGCAGUGGCCGAGCGGCUCGCCGCGGCGGACAGACGCGCUGGUGAGGCGGCUGCGUCGGCUGCAACAGAGGGUGCACGGCACGUCGAGGCGGAGCGAAGGGUGGUAGCGCUCGGCUCACGGGUGGAGGCGCUGGAGGGGGUGCAGCAGCAGCUGGAGGCUCAACUCAAUGUUGAGCGCGACGCGGCCGCCAACGAGCUCUCGCUGCGGCAGGCGUCGGAGCGCGAGCUCGCCGAGGCGCGCGACUCGCUGCGAGUGGCAAAGAGGGCGGCUGAGGUUGCCGAGGCGGAGCGAUCCACUGCAGCGGCCGAGGUGGCGCGGUUGACUGCGGACCUGAAGGGCGCGGAGGAGCGUCUGCAGGUGGCAAAUGAGCACAGCCUACAGGGCCACCUCGAGGCAGCGUCGAGCGACGAGGCGCUCUCGCAGCUCAAGCAGCUGAGGGAGCAAGACGGCGAGCGGCUGAUGAAGCUCAACAGCGCAAAGGCGGAGCUGGCGCAGGCGCUCAAGGCGGCCGAGGAGAGGGUCGCGUCCGAGGUGGAGGCGGCGGGCCGCGCGGCUAAGGAGGCGGCCGCACGACAGUACGAGCUGCAGGCGCGCCUCACGGAGGCUUCGCGGCGGGUGGAGAGCCUGCAGGUGGAGCACGCCCGCAGCGAGCUGAGGCUCGAGCAUGAGAGGGCGGCUGGGUCAACGACGCAGGAGGAGAGCUCAAGGCGGACUCGUGAGCUCGCAAAGGAGCGGCGCGAGCGCCAGCAGCUUGCACACGAGCUGGCGGCCGAGCGUGCUCUGCGCAGCCGCUGCGAGGAGGAGGCGAUCGCGCUACGCAGAGAAGUCGAGGCGGCGAGGCGCGAGACAGAGGUCGGCGCGCAAAGGUUGACUCACCUGCAGGCGGAGCUGCAACUUGCGACGACUGAGGCGUCCGAGGCAGCCGCCGUUCGCGAAUACGUCGACUCUGCCCACCGCCACCGCGAAGCCGUGGCACGAGAGCGGGUUUCCACCGCGCCACCCAUGCCGCUGCCAGCCCCUCAGCUAGGAAGGCCGGCAGCGGGGAAGGUUCACUUCGCGGACGAGGUCCGUGAUGAGGGGAUGCAGUGGCUAAACACGACACGCGAGGAUGGUUUGGAUGACGAGCUCGGCCGCUCCGAUCUAUGGAACUUCUCGAGCGGUGUGAUGGCGCGCGGCGGCGCGACCAGCAACCGCGGGGGGCUGCGACAGCGCGUCACGACCAGCCCGUCACUCCCGCAGAUUGUGGGUCCAUUCCGUACUGCUUGCACGUAA